AUGGCUGAAAGAAGAAGAGCUAAUCCUCAACAGAAUCUCCAUCAAAGCGAUCCAAAUCGACUCGGCCCCGAACGAGAUCACGCCCCAAAUGGAAAAGGCCACUUCUCUAAAAAAUCCUGGAUCCCAUCACUCUGUUCUCUAGUUUGUUCACUGGGUAUAAUCUGGGCUAUUUGGUAUAAAACCGAUGUCGAAUCCCACUUGGAGAAGCUACUGGAAAGAGAAAAAGAGGAUGGACAAUUGUUAGCUAAGUGUGUGGAAGAGUUGAAGAAAAAAGGUGUGGAAUUCGAUUUGCUAAAAGAGGUUGAUACUCUUAGGAGAGCCAAGAGUUUGCGGGUCAAGUCGAAGGCAGUCCGAAGAUGGUCAAGUAGGGAUUUUGUGCCUGUUUUUCUUCACUGUUUCUUGCUUUGUUCUUGGAUUCACAAGGGUUAUUUUGUAUAG